AGCCCAGAGUGCCAUGUUCUCCCUCGCGCGCGGCGUCGGGCGACUCGGGCGCUUCGGGCGCUUCCGGCACGUGGCGCCCUUGCGCUUGCAAUGCCCGAGCGCCAGCUGUCAAGGCCUCCAGAGCUUUGCGACGAUCUCCCGACCUCAAGAGCUUCACCGACAUAGGAAGCGCCUCGAAGGCUUUGGCAAGGAUGCCCCGCCUGGCGAUGAAAAGACCCUGGGGGAUUGUCGGAACCUCCUGAAAGACGACGACUGGUUCGCACGGAAAGUUGCAGUGGACGCCAUUGCCAAGGUGUCUCAAAAGGGCGACGAGGUCCAGUUGGCUCUGCUUUACAAGCACUUGGAGGAUGACGACAUCUUUGUUCGGGAGGCUGCGGUUGAUGCAGUGGUUCAGGUUGCCCAGCCUCAGGACGAGGUGGCCGUCACCAAGGUCUCCAUGCGCCUCAGCGAUGAGGAUUGCUUCGUGCGCACGAGGGCCGUGGUGGCUCUUGGUCGUCUAGGCUCCAAAGGAGAUGCGCACGUCAUGGGGCUCUUGACCGACAUGUUUGAGGAUGGCUUUGUACCGGUCAGAAAGCGGGCGAUCGAAGCCCUGGCGAUCCUCGGCGCGGGCGACGCGAGCGUCGUCGAGCGGCUGAGCAGUGUGUCGCAGCAGGAUAGCGACCGCGGGGUGAGGGAAGAGGCCAAGCAGGCCUUGACCAACCUCAGGUGAGCAGCGGAAGAG